AUGAUUCAGGCCCCGCUGCAAAGUGAAGGAGAGCGGAGGCUGAGCCCGGUCCACAGAGACCCGGUCCACAGAGACCCGGUCCACAGAGACCCGGUCCACAGAGACCCGGUCCACAGAGACCCGGUCCACAGAGACCCGGUCCACAGAGACCCGGUCCACAGAGACCCGGUCCACAACGACCCGGUCCACAACGACCCGGUCCACAAAGACCAGGCUCAUAAAGACCAGACUAUGGAGGCCGAGAGGAGGCCACGUCUCUGGGGUAAAAGCAGUCUGAGGCCGGGGCGGCAGUGGAGGAGGAGGGGCCAGCACACAUCCUGCUUUAGACCUGCUUUAGACCUGUGCUAG